GGCUUGCUCAUCCAAUCAAUCAAUCAUAAAUCAAACCUUUCUCUCUCAUAUUCAGCUUCCGGUCCAAUUCCAAACACCACCACAAGCCGCCUCAAAUUCAUCUACCAAAUAUUCUGUACACAAAAGAACAAUAACCAAUCCAUUUCCUCCAACGUACAACAGUCAAUUUGUUGUAAUAGGUAGAUUUCGUUGCGUCCGUACGUUGAUAGACUCUAUGGAUAUCGCUGCGGUUCAAGGAGUGCGAGCUUGGUGGCCCUCGAUUGGUGGACCUUGGCCGACGGAGCUUGAGUCUAGACCUGCGUCGAAGAAGGUAGGGUUUGCUAUGGCUACUCGGUUUGAUCGUGUUCGUUUUGUUAGAUUAAGGUCGGGGUCUUCGAAGCUGGUCCAGGCAAUGGAGGAGUCAACGGCAUCGGUGAUCAAUGAAUCCACUGCCAUUUCUGGUAACAAUCUAAAACAUAUAUCUACUGUUGGAAAGUCGACAAACAUCUUGUGGCACAAAUGUUCGGUGGAUAAAUUUGAUAGGCGAGAGUUACUUCAGCAGAAGGGAUGUGUUAUAUGGAUUACUGGUCUUAGCGGUUCAGGAAAAAGCACUUUGGCAUGUGCUUUGAGUCGCGGCUUGCACUCAAGAGGAAAGCUAACCUACAUUCUUGAUGGUGACAACUGUCGGCAUGGACUCAACCAUGACCUUACUUUUAAAGCAGAAGAUCGAGCUGAAAAUAUACGACGGAUUGGAGAGGUAGCAAAACUCUUUGCAGAUGCUGGUAUUAUUUGCAUUGCCAGUUUGAUCUCUCCUUACAGAAAAGACCGAGAUGCCUGUCGUGCACUAUUACCAGAAGGAGAAUUUAUUGAGGUGUUCAUGGAUGUCCCGCUCCAACUGUGUGAGUCGAGAGACCCCAAAGGCCUUUACAAGCUUGCACGAGCUGGAAAGAUCAAGGGUUUUACUGGGAUUGAUGAUCCAUAUGAACCGCCAUUGAACUCUGAGAUAGUACUACGACAGAAGGAAGAAAAUUGUACUUCUCCAUGUGAAAUGGCUGAAACCGUGAUAUCUUACUUGGAUGAGAAAGGGUACCUUCAAGCCUAAUUUUGUGGAAAAGGUAUGAGCAUCUGUAACAAUACUUUGAUCGAAGCCUCAGAUGAUGGAAACUGAUUCUUUCCUAAGGUAACAAAAUCGCUCCUGCAUUUGUACUUGAACCAUUUAUGUCUUCUUAAAGCUUCAUAGUGUAUCUUGUAAUUCAGCUACCAGAUGAUUAGGCUGAUCCAUGGGAUCGGGAAUAAAUUUGGAGUAAUACUGUUUGUACAAAUAAAUAAAUUUAUUUAUACGAACUGAGUUGAUUGUAUCUGACUAGUAGAUUUUAAAUUAAGAGAAAAAAUAAACAAUCACAACAUCUAAUAAGAAAUUGUCACGUUAAUUUGUAUAGAUAAGUUUGUACAGUUUGGUUGUACCAACUUGACUACGUGAUAUCUCUUCCACAAUAAGAUUUGUUUUAGUCUCUGGUUUGCAUUAAUGCUUGUACAUAAAGCUGUCUUUGGAUUUGUAGAGCGGUAUCAAAAUACCAGUGCUUGUACAUCAAACCUACGUGGACUCAGCUGGAAAUGACCCAAACGACCAAGUCCUUUCAUUUUUGUGUUUAUCGUUCAGGAAUAGAAAAUUGCUGUUAUCAAUGUAAGUGAAGCCCCGGUUAAUUCAAUAGUCUAGAGCUUUCAUUUCAUAUUUGCUUACUACGGUGCUUGUGAUUUUUAGCAUAUCUUCUGUUAUUUAAAUUUCUUUCAUCUC